AUGAGCUGCGAGCAACGCAUGAACCGUCUCUCCGCCUCAUUCAAUUUCGCCAUGACACGUGCGUUGGCCGCCGAGACCAAGGACGACUGGAUCACCCAUCUGAAGGCCAUGUCGAAUGUGUUCACGCAGGUUGGUACCACUGGGACCAUAGAGUUGGAGCGGGUCGGCCAGGAUUCACUAGUCAAAGUGCACAGUUCCCUGGCCUAACUCUCUCCCUGAUGGCCUAGAUUUCCAGCAGAUCCCAACCUAUUUCCAGGCGUGCACGGCGAUGGUGACCGAAGAGGCGGCGAAGACGGAGGCGCUGAGAGAGCGCGACGACACGCUCGCCGCAAUGGCGGAUCUGAAGGCGAAAGCGGACAGCCACGACGACGUGAUCCAUCAGUUGCACUUGCUGCUCGCCGCGCAGAGCCGCAACUCGACCGACCUCACUUCCGUCGUCAUUUUCGACAAAAUGGUGCCGUCCACUCUCCCCUUUGGCGAAAAAAAUUUUUACGUGCCGCGGCUCUCAGUGCCGAUUUACGAGACACGGAUUUUCAACUGAAAUCGAUGUUUUGCCGAGCUUUUGGGAUUAUGCACAGUUUUUCCUCAAAACUUUCGCCUCACGUCGGUUUAUAUGACCGAUAGCUACAAAAUGAUCACAGAGUUCUCGUGUAAAAGUGAAAAUUCGAAGAGAAAUUUCGUUUUUUUUAAAUUUGGCUUGAAAAAACGAACUUUCCGAAGUUUUGAGAGAACAGUUGCUGCUCGCGAUUGUUCAGCAGACAAAGGCGGUCAUUUUGAGCACAAAGACGGCCCAUAAAACGCAAAAAUGACUGAGUAAUUGAAAUUCACAGAAAAAUGAAAAAAUGCGCGCUUUUUUGUGGCCGAAACGAUAAUUUAAUGUCACAGCUGUCAUUAAAAAUUCUGAAAUUCUGUGUUUUACUUUAUUUUUCCAAUUUUCGGAUGAAAUUUCGGGUUUUCGGAGAAAAAAUCCCCGGAAAUUUCAACGAUACUCCGUUUUAACGCGGCGCUCAAUUUAGCAUUAGCUGUUUGGGGGAGACAGUGGCGCUUUGAUUGAAACGUGAAUUUUUCAGUGCGACGAGGUGCGCCAGAACAUGCAAGACAUCCAGCAUUACCGUUAUCUCGAGGCGCAGCUCAGCGUGGAGAAGCGGCGAAACGAACGGCUGCUGCUGCACAUCAACGAGCUGUCGAAGAAGAAUGUGAUGCAUCUGAUGGCCACACGCUUCUACGCGAGGGUACGGACUAGGAAAAGCUAGGCCAUCAUCCUCAAUGCGUGUUACAGGAGUUGGCGGCGAUGCGACAAUUGAUGGAUCUGGUGCACAACGCGGCCACCAUCGACUCGGCCGUCAAAUCGAAGCUCUGGGACGAGAUUGAGGCCGAGAACCGUCUUCUCCGCCUCAAUACGUUGUGGCUCAUCAACCGGUAAGUUUCUAUCGCUUUUUUUCUGAUUUUUGCCGUUAAAAGCGAUGAAAAAUGAUUGUUCGACAUGAAAACACGCUAAUUCUCAGAAUUAAUGACGUUUUGGCGCAUUUUUCGCCGACUUUGCUUUUUCGCCUUCUCAUUUUGCGCUUUCUUGACCGUUUUCCGACAGAAUUGGUUUUGAGAAUGAUGAAUCACGUAAAUACAAGCAUUUUGAGCGCUCGAACCGCGAAAACUACCGAAAAGCAACUGAAAUUCACGCAGUUUUAGCGAAAAACCUUCAAACGGAUAAAUGUGAUUUGCGACUUGACCAAAUUUAACGCUCUUGCGCUUAAAAAAUUCGUAAUAGCCUAUACAAUCGGUCUAUCGAGUGGCAAAUGAGAAAUUAUCGAUUUUUCGUGGCUAAUCUGGCAAAAAACACAAAUUUUGCUGUUAAAAUUUGAAUUUCGCGCCAAUUUAUCGCUCUAUUCGGCGGGGCGCAUUGUCAGCUCUGAGGAGACCGUGCAUCCCCAAUGUUUUUGUAGCAUCAACUCGGCGGACCAACGCGACGCCGCCUUUGCAAGCGGAGACAUGUGGCACGAGCAGCCGCGCCUCGUGAUUUUGACGCGAGAGCACAUCAACCAGGGGCUCGGGCUCGAGAUUACGGUACCUGAACGUUGUCUGACGAACGACGGCGCCAAUCGGUUUAGGGUGGUUGUGACGAGUUCCGUCCGGUGCUUGUCACCGGAAAAUUGAGCAAAUCGAUGGCCGACGACGAUCAACUGAUGCUCGACGAUCGCAUUCUCGCCAUCGACGGAACCUUUGUGACCAACACGACUUCUCACGCGGAAGUUAUGGAGAUGUUGGAGAAUGAGGUGAGAGAAUAGAGAAUGCGACAAUAUCCAUUGUGAAAUGAGGUCUGGAAAAUGUUUUGCAGAGUCUUCAAGUCACUUUUGUAGUUGAGAACUUUUUCUGUACGGCCAUUUCUAUGAGUCCCAACUUUCAAGAGCUACAGUACUCCACAGAGUGAUUGUACAAAAAAGUUGUCAAGUGCAAAAUGAAAGUACAAGAGAUGAACGUUAUUUUCGCAGUUCACAACAUUUUCGCACAACCACUCCCAAGCCUACUGUAGCUCUUGGAAGUUGAGACUAGCACACACACACAUUUUGCAGUCAUCCAAGGACUUUCUCGCCCUCAUCGUCUCGCAGUUCAACACGGCCAAGUACCAGUUGGCCCACGAGGACCAUCGUCUUCCCGCCAACACUGGCAACGAAUCGGCGACGCUGUGCUCGGCGAGCACCGUCUGGGAUUAA